GCCUAAGUCCCUCCCCCUGCCGCAGUGCCGUUCGGGCUGCUGUGAUGCUCCUCUCUCCACUUAGUCCCUGAGUUAGCUCUGUUAGCCGUGUUAGCUCGCCCACCCAAUCGUCGCCCCUUUUCAAGCACUCCACUCCACAGCCGGCACCAGGCAACAUGGGGAACGAAGCCAGUUAUGCUCUGGACAUGUGCUCGCACUUCGACGCAGACGAGAUUAAGCGUCUGGGCAAGCGCUUCAAGAAACUCGACUUGGACAACUCAGGCUCGCUUAGCGUGGAGGAGUUCAUGUCUUUGCCAGAGUUGCAGCAGAACCCUCUUGUGCAACGCGUCAUAGAUAUAUUUGACACAGACGGCAACGGAGAGGUGGAUUUCAAAGAAUUCAUUGAGGGCGUCUCUCAGUUCAGCGUCAAAGGAGACAAAGAGCAAAAGUUACGAUUCGCUUUCCGCAUCUACGACAUGGACAAAGACGGUUACAUCUCCAACGGUGAACUUUUCCAAGUUCUGAAGAUGAUGGUGGGCAACAACCUGAAGGACACGCAGCUGCAGCAGAUCGUCGACAAAACCAUCAUUAAUGCCGACAAGGACGGCGAUGGGAGGAUAUCCUUCGAGGAGUUCUGCGCGGUGGUGGGUGGCUUGGACAUUCACAAAAAGAUGGUGGUGGACGUGUAAUGGGCUCCCCCCCUGCCGUCGCCGUCCACCUGAGAUCCGCUUGAAGACGUCGUCCAGAACCCCGCCCCCUCACCCCCCCCCCCCCCCCUUACAAAGCCAAACUCUCGCAGCGAUCGGUCGAACAGGAAGCGGCACUUUUGUCGAUUGCUCGGAAGGUGUUUGUGUAUUCUUUUAUUUUUCGGCGCCGAGCGAGCGACCGCAUUUGGCGGUGUGUUUGUUUGCAUGUGUUUUUAUUUAUUCUGCCGUGUACAGGAAGAGAGCGUGUGCCAACAGGAAGUGCGUGCGUGCUCGUGAUUGACGACGUGAUUGGACGUUGGUGUUGAUAAUUAGCCUGACGCGUUCAUUUGCAUGUUGGUGACGCUCAGGCCAGCACGCGCUCGCACCACCAAGUAAAGCGACCACUUUGAUGUUUUCUUCUGCUGUCGAGUGGCGACAAAAUUUUUUCUACAAAUCUGCUGUGUGGCGUUUUCUUCUUCUGUGGUGCAAGUGUGCGCAUGUGCAUGCCGCGCAGCUCAACAGCGCCGCCUGCUGCUCGCAUGUCAAUCAGUCUUUCAGGUUUACAAACUUGGGCCCGCUUCAUAAACCUCACCUUUGAUUUUUUUUUUUUUUAAUUUGGCCUCCACGUUCCCUUGCUAAGCAAAGCACACAAGAUGAGUUUAGAAAUUUAAAUAGUCGAUUUCAUCAAAAGUCUUAUGUGUGCACUAGGGUCACGUGACUCUGUGCACGUUGCAUGCGUGACGUUUGCAUGUUGUUUUUUUGCACGCGCGUGCGGUUUAUGCGGCGUCGGGCCCUGCUCGCUCUCACGCGAUUGGAUGACAUGAGCCACGUGGCCGGCCAAACACCAGAACAAACGACACA